AUGUGUCAAAUAAACGCCAUACAGGGAGUUAACGUGGCUCGGGCCCUGCGUUCAGCGCUGCCCUCGGCCUUUGGGCGCCUGGAACACGGCACAGGAAAGCCGCGAAUUCGAGUAAAAACCAGGGAUUGCGCCUCCCCCUCCCGGCGGGACGCGCGGAAGGGCACAGCGGCGUGCGGCCGCUGUCAGCAGGCUCGGCGCGCCCAGACGGCGCCGGGGGCGGCUCAGCGCUCCCCGCCAGGCCUGGCUGUCGCGUUUUCCCCGCUGUCGCGUUUCCCCCGCUGUCGUGACUCCCCUCCCACUGUCGUGACUACCCCCCGCUGUCGUGACUACCCCCCGCUGUCGCCGCCACGCGGGACAAACGACCGGGAAACUCCCAGCGGUUGCGUCACUUCUGGGACCGGCCGCAUCACACUCGCGCCGCGCGCCCCGGAUCCCUCCGCAGCCGUCACCGCACGCGCGCUGACCGGGAACUCCCGCCCCCCGCGGGCAGUGCCGGCCUCUGAUUGGCUCGCGGGGUUUGAGUGGCAGGGCCGCCCCGCGGCCGUGCCCGCCAUGUUGUGUGGGGAGCGGGCGGCGGCCCCGCCGCGCCCCUGUGUCCCGGCGGUGUCCCCGGGCACAGAGUUCAUUGGGUUGUCCAGGAUGAACAAACCUGCUGGGAACAGAGGUGUGAGGCUGCCAAACCCCCAUGGACCUGGUAUCAUCAUUAAUAGAGCAGAGGGUCAUGGUGGUUCACUGCUGCCAGGUGGUUGUGCCAAGCAAGAUGAAGAUAAAAGCAUCUGUAGAGAUACAAAUCCAAUAUUUUUAGCCUCUGUCUCCCAGGCUUCCACAGGAACAGCUGUGGUGGAGGAGGCUGAGCUGCUUCUGCGCCUUCUUCCUACUCAUGGGGUGUGGCCCCUUAUUUUGUGUCAUGGUUACAAUUGUUAAUAAACUUCCUUAGUUUUACAAACAACUCUUUUAGAAAUAUCA